AUGCCACAUCUUCUCCGGCAAUCGAAAUCACACAGCUUGCCCACAAGAGCAGGCCGGGAGUUCCAUGCCAUCGCCAACGAAGCGAGGUCGUUCAAGGGAUGUUUCUCUGCCCUUCACAUCCUGCGAGGGGACAUACGGUACGCACACAUACAACGUUGGUUUCCGGCGCCGAAUGACGUCACGCAGCAGCGUGAUUGCGCCGUGUUAUCGAAUGCUGGCGGACACAACGAACGCUCGCCGAAAGUUAUCGGCAAUCCAGUCGUCAACGCUGGCCAGCUGCCGGAACUCUUCUUGGGAGUUUCGGCGAGCUGGCUGCGCACGCUGGUUCUAUCAAAUAGUUGCAUUAGAGUGUGUGUGUGUGCACAACAAUCAAAAUGGGGAAUAAAACAAUCAAUGCUAGAGCACAAGUGCACACAAGCAAACACAUGGGCCCCAACAUUUUUCUUCCCCAGAUCAAUACAUAGAAAUGACAAUAACCUGCAGAAAAUUACCUUAAGUGGAGGUGUUGAGCCAUGUGGAUAA